ACAACUUAAUAAUGGCGUUGUACAAUUUCAAGAAAAUCACGGUUGUACCCACCGCAAAGGACUUUAUUGAUAUAAUAUUAUCAAAAACUCAACGCAAAACUCCGACCGUUAUACACAAAAAUUAUAAAAUUGCACGAAUACGUGCAUUUUAUUUGCGUAAAGUGAAAUUUACGCAACAAAACUUUCAUGAGAGAUUAUCUCAAAUUAUACAGGAAUUUCCUAAGCUAGAUGAUGUUCAUCCAUUUUAUGCCGAUUUAAUGAACGUCCUUUAUGAUAAAGACCACUAUAAACUAGCUCUUGGUCAAAUAAAUGUAGCAAGAAAUUUAAUCGACAAUGUAGCCAAGGAUUAUGCCCGUUUAAUGAAAUACGGAGAUUCUCUUUACCGAUGUAAAGAGUUGAAAAAAGCUGCUUUAGGUCGUAUGGCAACAAUUAUGAAGAGGCAAGCAGCAAAUUUGGCAUAUUUGGAGCAAGUUCGUCAGCAUUUAGCCCGAUUACCUAGUAUAGAUCCCUAUACACGCACUAUAAUAAUAUGUGGCUUCCCAAAUGUGGGUAAAAGCAGUUUCAUUAACAAGAUAACUCGCGCUGAUGUUGAAGUGCAACCAUACGCAUUUACUACAAAAUCGUUAUACGUUGGUCAUACGGAUUACAAAUAUUUAAGAUGGCAAGUGGUUGAUACACCUGGAAUUCUAGAUCAUCCACUUGAAGAAAGAAACGUAAUAGAAAUGCAGGCAAUAACAGCACUCGCGCAUUUACGAGCAGCUGUUCUUUACUUUUGCGAUAUCUCCGAACAAUGUGGACACAGUUUAGACGAGCAGGUGAAAUUAUUUGAAUCCAUUAAACCUUUGUUUGCUAACAAACCUUUGACAGUUGUGGCAAAUAAAGUGGAUGUUUUGCGUCUGGAUGAACUUCCGCCCGAAAAACGAGCUCUUUUAAAGUCGUUGGAGGAUAAAGAUGUCCCAGUGUUGGAAAUGAGUACAAUUACUGAUUUUGGUGUAAUGGACGUGAAAGUACAAGCGUGUGAACGUUUGUUAGCUUUCCGUGUUGAUCAGAAGAUAAGAACGAAAAAGGUAGAGGGACUGCUUAAUCGUUUACACGUUGCACAACCUGUGCCGAGAGAUGAUAAAAUUCGCGCUCCUUGUAUUCCUGAGACCGUUUUAAGAAAGAGGAAGGAUGGAAUAAAGUUAAGAGGAAAAUUAGAGCGAGAAAUAGAGAAAGAAAUGGGAGACGAUUACGUUGUUAAUUUGAAGAAGAAUUAUGACAUCGAGGGCGAUCAAAAAUAUGAUGUUAUUCCAGAGAUUUGGGAAGGACACAAUAUCGCUGAUUACAUCGAUCCAGAAAUAUUUAAUAAAUUAAAUGACCUGGAGAAAGAGGAGCAGCAUCGCGUAGAUGCUGGAAUAUAUGAUUAUGAAGGGGGUGAGUUGUCCAAUACGAUGCAAGAAAUUGCACAAAUGGCAAAACAAAUUCGAGAAAAGAAGGCCAUUAUGAAAGACGAAGGCCGGAUAUUGAAGGCUUCUACAAAGCCUGUAAUGCCGCGCACAGCUACGGCGAAAUUGCGAUACCGAUCGGUAUCGAAAUUGAAACAAGAAAUGGGAGAUCUUGGUAUCGAUAUUGAAGAUACAGAAAAUGCGCACUUUACCAAGACCAGAGGACGUGCAAGGUCUCUAUCGCAACCAGCUAGGAAACGUAUGAGACUACAGUCCGAACCUCGAUCAAGAAGUAGCUCUAAACCUGCUCGCGAUGAAAUGGGCGUGAAGAAUUCGACAAUGAAGAAUAAGUUGAAUUACAUCGCCCAUAGAGCCAUUAAAAAAAAAAUCGCGAAAAAGGGAUUGAAAGGAGAAGCAGAUCGAUUCAUCGGCACGAAAAUGCCAAAACAUUUAUUUUCAGGGAAACGAGGUGUUGGAAAAGCAGACAGAAGAUAGUAACAUUUCGAAAUUGUUAUUUUCUAAAAUCUUUUCAAAAUUUUCAUUGUAUCGAUGAUUCAUUUCCCAUGUAUUGCGUGAAUAAAUCGACGUUGCUUCGUAA